AUGCCAAUGAAUAAAGACGUUCCGAGUAAGUCGUACGUACGGCUACAGCAUGAGGAAACCAACACAUGGGUACACGCCACAAGUGCCACCGAAAAGCAAAAUUUGUACUACAGCAGUAAGAACGAAAAAGGUUGGGUACGAGUGAUCUGCGAGAACAAUCGGGUGGAUAAGGAGACGUUCGCGUUGCUACCUGUUCAUCCUAACGAGGUUCGU